AUGGUUGCCAUCAAGCAUCUUAGCGUCGCAUCUCUUCUGUGGUUAGGCCUCGCCAGCCACGGACUUGCCACUCAUCAGGAGAGUCCAAGAGACUUGGACACGCUUGACAAGAGGCAAUUGGAUGAACUCGAAGGCCGCGACCUUAAAGAACGCGGCCGCAAUUUCCCCACUCCUAGCAACCAGGGAGGCGGCCACCGAGGAGGAACUGUGAAGGUCGGAAAACGGGGCCGCGCCCCUAACAACGGCGGAAGUGGUCAUCAUGGCGGAGGUGUUAAGGUCGGAAAGCGUGGCCGCACCCCCAACAAUGGAGGGGGUGGUCACCGAGGAGGAGGUGUUAAGGUUGGGAAGCGUGGCCGUACCCCUAACAACGGCGGAGGCGGUCACCGAGGAGGAACUGUGAAAGUCGGAAAGCGUGGUCGCGCCCCUAACAACGGCGGAGGCGGCCACCGCGGAGGAGGCGUUAAGGUUGGGAAUAACUAG